AUGGCCUACCGCACGCCCUACGUGACCCCGCACAUCCUCCACAAGAACUAUGCUCAGGCUUUCGACGCAGAGCCGUCCGCACUGGUCGGCCGCGACCUGGAGUACUUCUCCCAGGCCGGUUUCGACAUGGACCGGAUCCAGAUCAAGCGCAACGCGCCCGUCGCCCAGCUCUACGAGGACGCCAUCCGGAAUGAGGGCGCCGUCAUCUCUGCGAGCGGUGCGCUGAUCAACUUCUCGGGCAAGAAGACGGGUCGCAGCCCGAAGGACAAGCGGAUUGUGUACGAGGAGACGAGCAAGGACGAUAUCUGGUGGGGGAGCGUCAACAUCAUGAUGGACGAGCACACGUUUGAGAUCAACCGUGAGCGUGCCAUCGACUACCUGAACACCCGGGACAACGUCUACGUCUUUGACGGGUACGCGGGCUGGGACCCGAAGUACCGCAUCAAGGUCCGGGUCAUCUGCGCGCGGGCUUACCACGCACUCUUCAUGAACAACAUGCUCAUCCGCCCGACGGAGGAAGACCUCAAGGAUUUCGGCGAGCCGGACUUCAUCAUCUACAAUGCGGGUCAGUUCCCUGCGAACCGCUUCACGAAGGGCAUGAGCAGCACGACGUCCGUCGAGAUCAACUUUAAGCGCAUGGAGAUGGUCAUCCUCGGCACCGAGUAUGCGGGUGAGAUGAAGAAGGGUGUCUUCUCUGUCAUGCACUACCUCCAACCCGUCAAGUUCGGCCAGCUCUCGCUGCACUCGUCUGCGAACGUCGGCAUCGAGAAGAACGACGUGACGCUCUUCUUCGGUCUGUCCGGCACGGGCAAGACCACGCUCUCCGCCGACCCGGUACGGAACCUCAUCGGCGACGACGAGCACGUCUGGUCGGACGAGGGCGUGUUCAACAUCGAGGGCGGGUGCUACGCCAAGUGCGUCAACCUUUCUGCGGAGAAGGAGCCCGAGAUCUUCAACGCGGUCCGCUUCGGGAGCAUCCUCGAGAACGUCGUGUACAACCCGUUGACCCGCGUGCCCGACUACGACGACAUCAGCAUCACCGAGAACACGCGCUGCGCAUACCCGAUCGAGUUCAUCCCCAACGCGCAGAUCCCGUGCUUGGUCGCCCGCCAGCCGAGCAACAUCAUCAUGCUCACUUGCGACGCGUUCGGCGUCCUCCCGCCGGUGAGCAAGCUGACGCCCGAGCAGGCAAGCUACCACUUCCUCGCUGGCUACACCUCGAAAACCCCCGGCACGGAGGACGGUGUCCUCGAGCCGAUCCCGACCUUCUCGACGUGCUACUCCGCGCCCUUCAUCGUGCUGCACCCCGGCCGCUACGCGGAGAUGCUCGCGGAGCGCAUGGCGAAGAACAACGUCGACUGCUGGCUGAUCAACACGGGCUGGACGGGCGGCAAGUACGGCACGGGCAAGCGCUGCCCGCUCAAGUACACGCGCAUGAUCGUCGACGCGGUGCACUCGGGCGAGCUCGCCAAGGCCGAGUACGAGACCUUUGGCACGUUCGGGCUCCAGGUCCCCACCCACAUCGAGGGCGUCCCCCGCGACCUCCUCAACCCCCGCCUCGCGUGGGCGAACAAGGAGGCGUUCGAGCGGGAGGUGCGCAAGCUUGCGGGCAUGUUCCAGAAGGCGUUUGCGUUGUAUGAGCAGGACGUCGAGGAGAAGGUCAGGCUUGCGGGCCCGCAGGUUGCGUGA